AUGGCAAGUGUUUCCACAGCAUUAUUAAAAUGGUCCUACACAGAAAGCAACGCCAAUAUACCAAACCUAUACUCCUGUUGGUCAGAUCUGGACCUGGCUAUCCAAACACUGGCACAAGAAAGUAUUGACCAUAGUGUAGAGUACAGGAAGGUUUUCAAAGACAUCAAUUUUGAAGGAAAGAGACUCAAUGAAAUUCAGAAGGAAAAAGAGAGCAGUGCUAAAAAAGUAUCAGGAAUCAAGAAACAGAUCGAAAGUGCAAAGAAAUCUAAAAAGGGUGCAGACAAGGUGAAACUAGCAAAUUUAGAAGCAGAAUUAUCACUGGCAUCAAGCAAAGACACUGAAAUGGGAAGAUUACUCAUCACAAAAACCAAAGAAUAUGAAGAACAUAAGGCCACACUUCUCCAGGAAUCAUCCAUAGCACACUGCGACAAGUCUCUGGAGACCUUGGACAAGCUUCGUCAAAUUAUUGAAGCGAAACGGGAAGUAGCCUCAACGAUGACAACCAAACCGGUCUACAAUGGUGACCAGAUAAAAGGAGAUGGCAUUAGCACGGUGGAAAAUGUUUUCAAGACAUUGGACAUGCAGCUUCCGGCGAGGGAACCGGCCCUCGACAGGAGGAGAUGCUUCGGUCUCGGGACAAGAUCGUCCAUUCUAGAUUCCAGUUCUGCAAUCAACAUCCCUUCUACACAGAGCCCCAAGCAGCCGAGGACUUUCCCCAGGGGCACCCCACCUAUCAGCAAAGGAAGUUCCUCGUCUGCCUUGCAGCCGGGCCAUACAGGGACUCUGGGUUCGAAUUCAUCGAGUGCGGUUUAUCAGGGUGGAGACGAGCUUGGGCUAUCGGACGAAUCCGAUGACGAUCAUGACUACCAGAUCCCCAACGAAGAGAUGUUCGGCAAGAAGAAACAUAACAUCAGCAUGGAUAGUCAGGAGGAGGAGUACCUAGCCCCUGAGUUUCCCAUUGAACCUAUGUCAUGCCCGAGGGUACCCCCCAGGCAAGAAUCCAUGCAGUCCAGUCAGUCCUUUGAUUCAAGCGCCGGUACGAGUGAAGUACCUGGUGACUAUAUGAUAGUCGUCCAGGAGGAUUCAGAAGACCAGUCCAGGAUACCUCCAGGACCUGGUACCUCCCGCAGUUCCACGGACUCCAGCAACAGCAGUUCCAGCACCGGACCGGGCAGGCCAAGUCCCAUCAAGCUACCUCGCGCGCUACCCUCCUCCAACAGCGCCACAGACCUCGUAGAAGGGGAAGACUUCUGCCGGAGGGACCGGAAGAUGAGCCCAGGAGUGGUGGCCCAGAAGAGCCAGGAACUCCAGGCCAAGCUGGAGAAGGAAGCGGCGCAGAAGAGGAAGCCGCAGCCCCUCCCGAAGCCGGCGGUAGAUGCGAAGCCCAAGCCCAAACCCAAACCAAAGCCCAGUCCGACGACGCCUCAUGCCGUCAAGGACAACAAACCGGUGCCUCUGCCAAGGACGAGUAGCAGUGAACAGGAACCGCACAACGAGGACGCAGGUGGUUUCUAUGAGAUCAUGAGUGCUGCAGAUGCUCAAAAGAUACAGAUGGCGAAGGACAAGAACGGGCUGCCGAAGAUAACCUCGACCUACGACCCCGAAGAAACAACCAAUCACCAUGGCGACUACUACUCGGAAGUCUACGAAAGAGACCAGGAGGACUCUGAUUCGGAUGGAGAUUAUUGUGUCGCAGAUUUCCACAACUAUAAGGGAAGCGAUUCAACUGCAGCUGAAGAAGAAGACAAGCGGAAGACCACACUUGAGAACAGAAGGACAUCCCAGGCGGCCCUCAACAACAACCGCAAACCUAGCGAGACAGCGGACAUGUUUACUGAUGAAGAUGAUGAAGCGAUUUACUGCAACGUUCCCAGCUAGUUUUGGCAAGAUGGGUGACACACUGCGAAUGCUACUCACCCGCUUUUGACAGAUCGCUUGCUUUGACAUGUACACCGAUGAUGAAGAUAAUAAUAAUAAUAAUAUGUCCAUUUACAUAUUGCAGUUACUAUGGGCAUAUACUCAACUGCGCUUUGAUACUUGGUAUCAUAUAAUUACCCCUGCUGUAGCUGAGCCGCCAUAUUAUUAGGCACUUAAGCAUUCAAGGAAUAAAUCCUACAGGGUACCCAUUCACCUUACCUGGGUUGAGUGCAGCACAAUGUGGAUAAAUUUCUUGCCGAAGGAAUUUACGUCAUGGCUGGGAUUCAAACCCACGGCCCUCUAUUUUAAAGUCCAGGGACUAAUCCACUGGGCCACAACGCUCCAAUGAAACAGUCUUCUUUAAUGUUCCCAACUAGUUUUGGCAGAGACAUCAACUCUCUCUUUUUCACAAAAGAUCCUUUCUUUGACAUUUUUACUGAUUGAGAAGGUGCUAGUGACAAAGCAAUCCACUGUAAUGUUCCCCGCUAGUUUCGGCAAGAUGGGUACCAUAGAGAGACUCCUCCCUUUUUUUUUUGGGGGGGGGGGUAAAAGAUCUUUUUGUUUGACAUGUUUAUUGGUGAUAAAGCAAUCUAUUGUAAUGUUCCCAGAAUCCCACCUAGUUUUGGCAAGAUGGGUGCAAUGAAGAAUCCCCAACCCUCCCCAAUAGUAAAAAAGAUCUCUUGCUUUAACACGUUAACUGAUGACGCAAUCUGCUGUAAUAUUCCCAGCUAGUGUUGGAGAGCUGGGUGCCACAAAGAGACUCCUCCUCUCCUUCUCUGGUCCAAAUAUCGCUUGAACAUGUUAAAUGAAUAAGAAGCAGUAACCUGUAACGUUCUCAAUUAGUUUGGCAAGGUGGUUGCCACACAAAGACUCCAACUCUCCCACUUUUAGCACUUUCACUUUUAAAUGUGGAAGAGCCGUGGUGUAGUGGUUCUGACUCUCGCCUUGUAAACAGAGGGUCGUGUGUUCGAAUCCCACCACGGUCUAGCAUCCUUUGGCACGGCAUCAAUCCACACUUUGUCACUCUCGACCCAGGUGCUAAAUGUUUGAAUUUUCCAGCACCAUAAUGAGGCUGUGAUGAAUGCAAGGAAUGCUCCCCAGGGAGUGGAAAUUGUGCACUUUUCGUGCGGGAUCGAAAGGAAUCCAAUGACCUGGGUAAUAAUAUGCUGUAAAGCGCUUCGAGUCGUUCUGGGAAAAGUGCUAUUUAAAAAAUUGGCUAUUAUUACAGGUAUUAUUAUUUAAACCUCACUCUCCUACUCGAGCCGUCUGUCAAUGACUGUGUCAUAGAUGUUUUUUUAAUGAUAUCUGGGUAUCAGGGUACUCCCUUAAAUUUUUAAGGAAAUCCUUCCUGCCAGUACCCAUUUGCCUCACCCGGGUAGAGUGCAGUUCAAUGUUGAUGAAUUUCUUGCUGACAGAAAUCAGUACUGUGGCCAGGAUUUCAGCCCUCAACCCUCUCAUUCCAAUUUGAGAGUCAGAUCCACUAGACCAGGACCUUUCCUGAUAUACAUGUUUUUAGAAAUUUGACAUGGUAUGUAUCCUGUAAGAAUUUUCAUCAUCCCACUGUAUGUUGUUUUUUUCAUCUAGGAGAGAAUACAUUCCCAAAACCUUUGUAACGUAUCCAAUUUGUUGCAUUCAGCUUUUUAUGGUUUUAGACUUUUUAAGCAAAUUCAUUUCUUGAAGAAUGAUCUUCUCUUUGUCUUAAAGCAGAGCAUACCUUUUGAUGUAUUCGUAUCAUUUUAUUGCUAAAUAUGCUUUGUUUUCUGAAGAAUUAAAGUAUUAUUGUGCUUUUAAUAAGUUAGUUAACAUUUUGUCUUUCCCACCAACUAGCUCAUCACCUGAAUAAGAGUUACUGAAAAAAAAAUCAUUUAUUUUUUAAACCAUGUAUUUUUCAAAUUUUUUGCUGAUGUAAACAAAGGCAAAGACUCAAACUGGGUGUGUGUUUUCUUUUUAGUAACAUUGCAUCCUUUUAGUAUUCUCAUUUUCCCCUAUUUUAUUCUAAAAAUCUUUUUCACUAUUUAGAAUUUAGAUAUGCAUGUUUGUAUAAAAUUGUGAUCAUUUUCCUGUUGAAAAAAUAACAUUAGGAGCAAACUUUGAAGAAAAAAAACCAGAAAAUCACAUAUGUGCAAAGAAUAAUUUCACUGGUAUCGCAUCGCCAUUUGCUCCGCAUUUUUCAUGACUACUGCACAAAAUUUAUUUUAUGCAGUAUUUUUUUAGACAUAAGACUGUAGAGAAUAUAGUUAAAAGUUAUUCUCAAAUGACCAGAAAUGAUAAAUGCAAGUUCGAGAAGUACAAGUAUUCCCUUUAUGUGUAUUAUAGAUAUUUAUGAUUGUUCUAUGCAAACUAAGAUAUUGAAUUGAAAUGAAUUCAUUUAUGUUAUGCAACAGAAAUUGGAUUAAAUUUAUAACUACAUAAUACCUGUACAUGAUUACUGUCAAAAUUUUGAAAGAAGCAGAAAUGCUAGAAUAGGUACGGUGACUUUUAUUUGCUAGAUGUGUCAUUGUUUAUAUCCUUGUAAAUGAAUAUUCAUGAGUAUUCUGAAUAAAUUAUUGGUCAGUUGAUGCUCGUUUUUAACACAAUUUUGUUCACUAUAUUUAGGGGGCAAAACUAUUCGGAGCUCAAAGAAUUUUUUAGCAGACAGUGGUGCUCAAAAAUUAGUGAACCCCACCAGUAAAUGAACUUAUUUUAAGUGUUCAAGUUCUGCCAUGUUUUAGAUUGAUAAUUGUGAAGUCAGGUGAUAAAAUAUUACUUUCAAUAUUGAAAGUUUGUUUCUCUGGGCUCGCCGGACAUUGUGUUGUUGUAGUCUACAUUCAACACUCGGCAUGAAUGAGUGCAUUUUGCGAUGGGGUUCACUAACUUCACUAACGGCCAAAAUAUUGAAAAAUAUACAGAGCUAACAAUUUGUCGUGAACAUAAGAGAGUGCUCUCUCUAGUGCGAAACCUUCACGAUGAAGCAUGAUAGACGCUGAUAAGAUACCUUUGAGCUGAAUAAUAUUUGGUCAAAAACGUGGAUUUGGACCAACUGAAGGACAAGAUUACUGAGAUUUAUUGUUCAAACUUAGAAGGGACAUAAAACAUAUAUAUCAGGCUUUAAACAAAAAUUAUUAUUAGGAUUAAUCAUCCUCGAUUGGACUGGCAAUAAAACUAUUUUUGUACCUUGGGGCUUUGCCCAUUGCAAAAAUAGUACUUGUCAGUUCAACCUUUGAUGAAUAAUUUCCAACUAUACUGUCUGAAGGCCUGGUACAUUUUGUAUGAUAUAAAGAUAUAUAAAGCCUAUACCAUUAUAUACGUAUUUGUACUACAAUGUAGUUUAGUAUAGUACUGUAUUGCUAAAAGGUUGGUAGCAUAUUAUAGGACGUUACAAGUAUAUACUAAAAUAAUACUAUUAGCCUUAGUGCAGUAUGGUACAUUAUGUAACUUUGUUUAUGUUGGCAUUAAUUGUUUCUGAUUCUUUUGUACUUACAAGUUAUAGGAGUCUUUCACAGUUUGCACAGAUGUCUAAGAACAUACUGCAACA